CUCUCAUUUACGCCAUAGCAAGCACUCCUAUUUUAUUGAGGUAUCGACCGGUAUAUCUAUUGGCUGUAGCGUUCAUGAGGCAAACAAGUGCCGGGACUGGGCGCAUUUCGGCGGUCUCAGCCGCACUCAUGAGCGGCGCCGCUCAGUAUCCUCGUUUCUCUCCCAAACCAGGAAGUUUAACACAUUGUGUAUCUAUACUUCAUCGUCCUGUCUAAGCUUUCGAUAAGGAUACUUGUCUACCUACUUCAUGAUGUCGAUCUGUGGACCUUUGGAUUGUACGAAUGCUAUUUCAUCGCCACCACCUCUCAAAGCAAAUCCUAAUAUCUCUAAUAUAGGAAUAAGUUUCUUCGAAUAUUUUGAACUGUUAAAUUGACCAAGGCCCAGGUACUUGUUGGCUUCUUAGCGACGACGUAUAUCGCUUGGAUUAUGCUCAUUGGUCACUACGUCUGCGUCUUUGACCCAGCCGAAGCUGGGUUGUCCAAAGAAAAAGAGAAAGCUAAUCCUAUCGACGAGGAAGUAUUGAAGAUUCUUCGCAGGUGGGUCAGAUGCCCAGAGAAUACUAAAUUGUGGGGAGAAGCAUUCCAAAAGUUAGUACUUUCGAUGAGUGAUCAGCAGAUCAUUACUGGAAUUGCACUUAUGGUCAGCGCGAUAACUCGAUUACGCUGCGGUAUUUCCGCGUACCACUGGCAGAUAACCAUCUACUUGGUGUGGUUUUCUUCGUUUACACAUCUAGCGACGUUGACAUUUCUGCGAGGAUACCUUCAUGAAAACUCGCCUAUGCGGGUUUGGAGAUUUUGUUUCAUGAAUAUCUUGAUUUUGUUGCUUCUUGCAGCUUUAGUGCCCACUGGAAACCGGAAUUGGCUCCCCGAUGAAGGUCCUGACCUUACAGGGAGCCCUGCAUGGUGCUUAUUCAAAUAUCAUUCCCGCGGCGUCAAUGUAACAUCGUUCACAACGAUGCUGUUCUCUGUCCUUGUUCUGUGCAUCAGCUAUGCUACCAGGGCAAUCAAGCUAUUCCAGUGGAGCUCUAAAUACAGCAGGCUAAUCCUUCGGACUAAACCAGGAAAUGUGUUAAAAAGCCAUAUUCAAAAGCUUUACCGUGGACGUGAAAACGCUAAAACGAAGAGAUGGAUAUUCUCAAUACCUUACAACAUUCUUUCAGCUGUGUUACUUGUCGUAAGGUCGUGGAUGGAUGUACUGGAGAGCAUGUUGUGGGAGAUAACUUGGCUAUUGAUUGCUCUAAUCUGGGGAACCCUUAGACUCUUCGCAACCAGAAAUUCGACAAUUGACGAGAAUUAUAAUAUUCUUGAGGAGAACUCUUGGGGUUUUGGACAAUGUCUUCCAACCGCAAUGCUUCUUCUUCUGUUGUUUUCCGGCAUUGAGACAUACAUCGAGACAAAACGGGCACCAGCAGAAGCUUCGUCAGUAUCAGCUAGCCCCAGGGUUUCUUCUUUGAGCAUUGAUACAGGUGGCAAUAAGACACCGGUGAUAUCCGCUUCCGCUGAGAGCUCCCCCUUCCACUCUACUUCCCCCCAUGAUGAAGAUAUCACCGAUCAGGAAGCCGCUGAAACGAGACUAGACCAACAACUUGGAGGCGUGGUUCGAUCCGCCACGACCCUCAGCUUGGAAGAGAGAUCACUAGGGUCUUUAUCAUUUUGCCAAAUUAUGAGUCGGCAAAUGGAUUCUAAUAUCAAUAUUGGGCUCAAUCAACUCUCACGGGUCGAUAGAGCGGGUUCACUACGAAGCAGGCUUCGGCUCCGAUAUUUUCGAUAUAAUAUCGGGUUAUAUCGAUAAUAUAUCGUACGAGGCAAUAUUCGAGUCGAUAUAUAUCGGAUAUUUUUGAAUGAUUCGAAUGGAUAUUCGGAAUAUCGGACACGUGAUCGUAUUAUAGUUGUUCCAGCUCCGCAGCCAAUGAAAACCCUAGUCGUUCUCAGCCUAAGGCCAUAAAUGCUAAUUAUGGCCUGAGGUUACAAAGUUUUAGCCGCAUUGUGGCUUUAAUUAUUUAAAAUAAGUGGAGCGCCACUAAUCUCAACCGAGGUUACUUGGUUAAUAUAUCCUCAACAAUUACUAUUUUUAGUACUAAUAAUAAUAUAUCGUUUUUUUUUUAUAAUUUACGAUACGUGCGAUAUAUUCGAUUAUUCAUUCAGAGGAUUUAAUAUCGGAC